AUGAAGUAUCGUUCAACAAGAGGUUCGCCCAAACUUCUCUCUUUCUCAGAGGUGGUCUUGACAGGCCUAGCAGAAGACGGUGGCCUUUUCAUUCCACAAACCAUUCCAACCCUUCCUCGAAACUGGCGCUCGGAGUGGUCGAAACACUCCUUUAAUUCGUUAGCUCUGGAAAUUUUUUCUCUUUAUAUAUCCGAAAACGAAAUUCCUCGCGCUGAUUUAGAGUCAUUAAUCGACAAAUCCUAUUCGGUCUUCAGGAAUGAAAAAGUUACACCCUUAAAGAAAAUUAAAGAAAGAUUUUACAUUUUAGAAUUAUUUCAUGGUCCUACCUUUGCUUUUAAAGAUGUGGCAUUACAAUUUUUGGGGAAUUUGUUUGAAUAUUUAUUGGAGAGAAAGAAUAGAGAGAAUGUGUUGGAUGGAAAAGGUCGGAACGAUAGAAUUACAGUUCUCGGUGCCACCAGCGGUGAUACUGGAAGCGCAGCAAUUUAUGGGCUAAGAGGCAAGAAGGACAUCUCAGUGUUCAUCCUUCAUCCUCGAGGAAAGGUAUCAUCUGUUCAGGAAGCUCAAAUGACGACAGUCUUGGAUGAGAACGUUCAUAAUUUGGCAGUUGAAGGGACUUUCGAUGACUGCCAGGCUAUCGUUAAAACUCUUUUUUCCGAUGUUCCAUUCAACAAAAAAAACAAUUUGGGAGCUAUUAAUUCUAUAAAUUGGGCAAGAAUUUUGGCACAAAUCGUAUAUUACUUUCAUUCGUAUUUUCAAUUCUUGUCACUGUUGAAUAUUUCUCCAGAUUCUUCUGAAUCUUCUAAUAUUCGUCUCCAAUACGUCGUACCAACGGGUAAUUUUGGUGAUGUGUUGGCAGGAUAUUAUGCUAAGCGCAUGGGAUUACCUAUUGAAAAAUUGGUUGUGGCUACUAAUUCGAAUGACAUCCUGGAUAGAUUUUUCAAAUCUGGCAGAUACGAAAAAGUGUCUGGCGAAAAUGGUCGACACGUAGUACAUGAAACCCUAAGUCCUGCGAUGGAUAUAGUUGUUUCUAGUAAUUUUGAAAGAUUGUUAUGGUAUUUGGCAUAUGAGACUAUUGACAACAGUAAUGAGUCAGAGGUGUCUAGUAAGGAAGAAAUGAGAUCAAAUCUUGCCGGUUCAAUUGUAAACAAAUGGAUGAAUGACUUAAAAACGGAACAUCGUUUGAUCGUCGAUAAAGCUCAAUUGGAAGUAGCUUUACGUGAUUUCAGGAGCGCUCGAGUUUCUGAUCAAGAAACCAUGGACACAAUCAGUCGUCUUUAUUCACCAGAUGCCGAAAACCAAGUUUCUUAUGUUUUGGAUCCGCACACGGCAAUUGGUGUGACGGUCGCCGAAAAUCAGAUUAUAUCAGAAAAUACCCAUCAGAUUUGUCUUGCCACGGCACAUCCGGCAAAAUUUUCGUCGGCAGUCGAGGAGUCUCUAAAAAAUUUCAAAGAAUUUGAAUUCAAACAGAUCUUGCCUAAAGAGUUUAUUGGACUUUUGGAAAAAAAGAAAAAAGUUAUAUAUGUUGAACGGGCAGAUCCUGAACUGGUUAAACAAAUUGUUGAUAAAGAAUUAGAAAUUGAACUUAGUCAGAUGUCUUCGAAAACCAAUGUGUAA